AUGGGCGCCCUUCCACCCACAAUGCAGCCCAUGUACGCUUAUCACAACCAUGCCAGGGCAUUACACGCGGUAACGUUUUUGCUUGUCCUUCUUUUCAUAUUGAUUCAGGUUGCAAAAAGUCGACAAGAUGCUUACGAAGUCAUCGACGUCGAUCCUCUUGUGCCGGUGGUCAAGACCAGCCAAAAAGAAACUUCUGUACAUGGCAGCGACUACCUGAGAGAAUUUGCAGAGCGGCACAGUCUUACACAAAACAUAUCUUGGUACUCUCAGAGGAUCAGGGUCGUACCAGAAGCCCCUCAGAGGUUCCCAACGACAAACAUCAAGCGCGCGUUUGCCGACAAGGAGUUUCAAAACAUUCGUUGGGAUGACGAGAGUUUCGAUAUGUACCCCAAGGGCGAUGCAAACGAUCUUCCCGUAACCACAAGCAUACUACCAGGCGCCGUCGAUGCUUCCGAUUUGCUGUUCGGCAUCUCCACGACUUACAAGCGCCUCACAAACGCCAAUGACUCCCUCAUCAUGGACUGGCAGAGGUGGCUCACGAACGGCCAUGGCAAAUCGAACGGGGCGACUGUCGUCGUGACGCUUUACCGAGCCACCAGUGGAGAGGCGUGGGAAAUAUACGAGAAGCUGCAAGCGUUCGGCAUAGACGCUACAGUGGUGCCACUAGAAAAGAAACGGGACAAACCUUCGAGAUAUCUUGACUUGGUCACCGUUCUCAUGGAUGUCAACGAGGCCUUGACCGAGCAGGAACACGGCAAGAAGUACUUUGGCCUCCUGGACGACGACAUCUUCCUCCCCACUCCAGGACAGCUCACCCAAAGGCUUUCCAAGUUUGACGCCUCGAGCCCAUACUACAUCGGGCUUCCCAGCGAGCGGCCAGACUGGUCCGUCGAGAACGACACAGCAGUCACCCACGGCGGCGGUGCCAUCUUCCUCACCCCGCCCGGUGCCCUACUCGUCUCUCACCUGCCGUGCCGGCCCGAAGAAGGGUUCACCGGAAACCACACCAAAUGGGACAGCAUCCUCCACGACUGCGUGACGACCCACACCGACCUCUCCUUCCACGUUCUCCCGAGCUUCUACUCCCCCACAGACGCCCUCUACAACAUCCAAGCAGCGACCUACGACCUGGGCGUCUCCCCGCUGACCCUCCGCCACUACAAGUCCCGCCACCGUUUCGAUCCCAGCCAGGGCCACGCGGUGACGUCCGUCUGCGGCGAGGCCUGCUUCCUACAGCGCUUCCGGUUCGCCGACGACUGGGUGCUGGUGAACGGGUACUCGCUCACGCACUACUGCGCCGGGUCCGAGGUCGUGCCCAUGGAAGCCGAUGCGGAUCUCCAGGGGGCUAUGCAAUACGGCCAGGAGGCCGAGAUGCCGCUAGGUGAGGGUAUCGUGCUGCACGACUCUACGGAGGAUAAAGAAGUCGUGACGUGGAGGGGCACGAGGAACGUAUGGCUGUUGCUGGAUUCUGUUGUUGGGGAGAAGGGAGAGGUCUGGCAGGUGUAUGUGAAGAGGCGAGGCGGUUCGGGCUUCAUGGAUGGAGAGGAGGAGGGUGAGGAUGGUGAUGGCGACCAUCUUGAUUCUGUGAUUGUGCUUAUUUGGGAGUCUUGA